AUGGCGUCUUCGACCUCCGGCGAAGAGCGCCAACCCGAGAAGGAGGUUCCUACGACCACAAUGGAUGCCGAGGCUGGUGGCUCCUCUGUCAAGGGGAAGCCGUGGAUGUAUAGACCGCUAAAUGUUGGGCCAUUGAAGAUGCCCUGGUUCGCCUCCCCGGAAACCCAAUUGGUCUUGGUCUCUUUUGUUUGCUUCCUUUGCCCGGGCAUGUUCAAUGCCGUCAGCGGUCUUGGUGGCGGUGGUCAAGUUGACCCGACCGACGUGAGCAAUGCCAACACUGCCCUGUACAGCACGUUCGCCGUGGUUGGGUUCUUUGCGGGCUCCAUCGCCAACCGUAUUGGUCUCCGUCUGACACUGUCCUUGGGCGGAUUCGGUUAUUUCCUCUAUGUGGCCUCGCUCUUGUCGUACAAUCACAAUGCGAAUGCCGGCUUUCUGAUCUUUGCCGGUGCUCUUCUCGGUGUAUGUGGUGGCCUGCUGUGGUGCGCCCAGGGUGCAGUUAUGAUGAGCUAUCCGAAGGAAGAGGAGAAGGGAAAGUUCAUCUCUAUCUUCUGGGUCAUUUUCAACCUGGGUGGUGUCAUCGGCAGCUUGAUCCCCCUGGGACAAAACAUGCACUCGGAAGCAGGUCGGGUCAAUGAUGGCACUUAUAUCGCCUUCAUGGUCCUCAUGGCAGUCGGUUUCGCUCUCGCCUGGACACUCUGCGACUCCAAAUACGUCAAGCGCAAUGAUGGCUCGCAUGUCAUUGUGAUGAAGAACCCUACGUGGAAGUCCGAAUUCCUCGGUCUUUACGAAACACUGCGUAGCGAUUAUUAUAUCGUCCUCUUUUUCCCCAUGUUUCUGGCAAGCAAUUGGUUCUACGGGUAUCACUUUAACAGCGUGAAUGGCGCGUAUUUCAACGUUCGCACCCGAUCGCUGAACAGUCUACUUUAUUGGCUGAUGCAAAUGGUUGGCGCCUUUGUUUUCGGCUUCACCCUUGAUCUCAAGUUCUUGUCCCGUCCCAUGCGCGCUAAACUGAAUCUGUUCAUCCUCUUUGCCCUCACCAUGGGUAUCUGGGGUGGCGGCUAUGCCUUCCAGAAGCACUACACCCGCGACUCUCUUGAGCCAGCGGAUUUGAAGGAUUGGACCAGCAGCGGGUAUAUCGGUCCCAUGUUCCUUUACAUGUUCUACGGAUUCUAUGACGCCGCCUUCCAGACCUGCGCUUAUUGGUUCAUGGGAUCCCUCACCAACAAUGGUCGCAAAUUAGCCAAUUUUGCGGGCUUCUACAAGGGAAUUCAAUCCGCAGGCGCGGCAGGCAUGUGGCGCCUGGACGCUAUUGGAACGCCCUACAUGACAGAAUUCGCCUCGUGCUGGGGUUUGCUCCUCGGCAGUCUUUUGAUCGCGUCCCCGGUUAUUCUGUUCAAGAUCAAAGAGAGUACAGACAUGGAAGAAGAUCUAAAAUUCUCCGACGAGACCGCUCAGGAUGUAGUGGGCGUUCCUUUGGAAGAUCAACAGUCCACCGAAAAGAAGGAAGAGAAGCAUGUACCCGUCGCUUAA